AUGACUGCCAAAUCCAUUUCGGGAGUUGCAUCUCGUCUGCUAAGUAGAAAUUCUCUCCCUUUCUGUUGUCUUUCUUUCUCUUCGCUGCUGUUUCGUUUCUACCCACUCACUUCAUGCGGUUUUCUUUCCAAUCUCUCUCUUGCCAAAAACUCACUCAUCCACUCACUCAUCCGUUCACUCGUUCACAAAUUCUUGGUGUGCCUCUCUCUCUCUUUCUUCAGUUUGCUUCGUCCUCUUUUUAUCGUUGUUAAAUUUUCUAUUCUAUUUUUACCGUUUUCACGUAUCUUUUCUUCGAAGUUUGUCUUUUUCCUAUUAUUCUCUUUCUUCUCCCUCGCUGUAUACACUUUGUAUACGUUGUAUGUUUACUUUUUCUUUUUACUUAUCCUCUUACAUUAUAUCAUUUCUUUUCCCAUCGAAUUAUCUCCCGCUUUCUUUUUUAAAAUAUUUUCUUUCCUUCAUUUAUUUCUUCCCCCUCUUCUUCUUUUCCUUCUAUUCCUUUUUUCUUUUAACAUUCAAAAUUAUGUUCUUCAUCCCAUUUCUACUCCGGAAGUCUUUUUUUUUAUUUUCCUCUCACUGAAAAAAAUAUUUUCUUUUAUCUUGUUUUUCUCUUCCCACAAUACAACACUUUCUUCCUGUUUAACUCACUUUAUAACCUCGAGUAAUUUUUCUUUUUUUAUUCCACAUUUUUGUCUCAUUUCUAAAUUUCUUUCCCAUCUUUUCUUCUUCUUACCACUUCCCCCUUUUUUCUUAGACGACCUCUGCGGCUCUCUUACUGCUUUCUUUCUUUGUAUGACUGACUCUCUCUGUCUCUGUCUCUGUCUCUCUCUCUCCCUCUCUCUCUGA